AAGAAAAAUAGCGCUGGGAAGAGAGAUGGGUUUUUUGUUUGCUAUUUGGAAGCAUCUGUGGGAGAGAAAACCCUACUACGUCAUGGGUAUUUUGUAAAUACGUGUUAUACUUCUCAAAGGCAAAUGAAGGAAAUGUGAAAUUGGCUGAUAAUACUUUCAGUUACGCAGCAGUACCUGUAAUUAGAUUUGUGCCCUGCUGUCUUCUUACUAAAUCUGUUCUCUUCUGACUAAAAUUAUAACUUUGGAAGGAAGCAUAAGAAGAUGUUCGGUUAUAUGUUUUGGAGUACGACUAACUGAUUCUUAGCUCAGGAGAGAGCUAAGACAAUCCGCCAAUACCUAAGAGGCAAUGAAAUAAAACUUUAAGCUGACUUUCUACAUUUUCUGACUUUAAACAUCUGUGCAAAAACCAUGUGGGCAGCUGACACAAAAGGAAAUUUGUCUCAGAAGCCUCUACAUACAGUAAGUACCUUUUGAGUAAAUCUUACUGAAACUGUAAUUUAAAACUAGUUUUACUAUGUUGGUUUCUGUUCUAAAACUUUGUAUUUCACCCUCACAUUUUUGGAGGGGGUAUCUGGGCUGUGUAAGAACCCCAGUAUUAAAAAGCAUAGAUGAAAGAUACCUAACCUUUGUAUUAUUUUCAACUCAAAACUGUCAGCAGAUUUCAACACAUUAUUAAUAUUGAAAGGUUAUGAUCUAAACUGUUGCUUCAAAAUAAAUCUACAGUUGAAUUUUUAUGCUAGCUUUUAUAUUAUUAGAGGCCGUAUAUACUUCCUCCUCUGUAACUUCGUUUCAAUUUAAAAGUGCCAAAUCUUUCUGUUAAAUUCUCAGAGAUUAAGAAAGGGAGAAUAGAUGUAAUAUAUCAUAUUUACUUAUUUACAACCAUUUUAUGCUGCUUAUCAACAAAGUCAUCUUGGUGUUUACAAAAGUUAUGAAUCAAUAAUACAGAAUCACCAUCAAAUAUCAUCAGGAUCAAUUAAGAACAUAUAAAUACAGCCAACAUGAAACCAUUAGAAGCCAGCAUAAAAUGGGCAUGUCCCUAGGCCCAUGCAGACACAGAAGCAGGCUCAGCCUAUUUUGCCGCCUGAGGUGAAAUAGCAAGAGGCUGCCCGACACAUGUACCACACACAUGACCUUGCCUCUGGCCUUGCUAACCAGAGUUGCACGGCUGCAACUUCUGGAUUUCAGCAAGAUCCUGUGAGAUCAUGCGGCGGCCUCCGUGCACCACAGCCACUUUUCACUUAUCUGGUGGUAUCAGUUUGCCCCUCCAGCAGCCCAGUGAUCUCAUCUGCACCUUAAUUUUCAAAGGCCUGCCUGAAUAAGGAGAUCUUAGCCUGCAGGGGGAAGGGUAACAAAGAGGGGAGCAAGUCUAACUUCUCUUGGGAGGGAAUUCCACAGUAUGGAAGCAGCCAUGGAAAAAGCUCUCUCUUGCGUCACCACCAACCAUGGGUCCUAUGUUGAUGGGAUCAAGAGAAGAUGCUCACCUGAGGAUCUUGGCAUCUGCGUAAGCUUUUAUAGGGAGAUACAAUAUUCCAGAAGGCCUGGGCCCAAACCACAUAGGGCUUUGUAGGUCAUAACCAGCACUUUCAAUUGCAAUCGGAAAUGGACGAGUAGCCUGCAAAGUUGUUUUCACAAAAGAGUAAAAUUCUCCCUGAAACCUGCUCCACUUAAUAAUCUGGUUGCAGCAUUCUGAGCCAGCUAAAGUUUCUGAACACUUUCCUUUGGAUUCCAGGGGUGGGGGUGGGGUCGAAACACUUUACGUAGAAUUAUAUAAAAAAUUACUUUGUUAUGUAUUUUGUAUACAGAUACAGUUUCAUUUUUAUAAAAUUGGUACACACCAUUUCCAGAGCCUAUGUAGACUUUUCUAGUCUUGUAACAACAGACAUUAUUUUUAUCUGGCUUUGGCUGAAUGUGUAGUUUGCAAAAUUGAGGCACGGCAAAAUUUUAUGCUGUAUUUCCUACAGGGUGAAAAAGAAACAAUUGUUUUACCUUCAAUUCAUAAGAGACGAUUGGAUAAUACUGUGACUGUAAGUAUUUUAACAAUAAUGAACUUUUCAUUAUGUGUGGUGGAGUUCUAGCCCUGCUUACUUGAAAUUAAUUGCACUGUGAUCAGUGAGGUUUACUCCCUAAUCAAGUUUCUUCAGGAAUCACAACCUAAAUUUCUAUCACUGUUGAUUAGUAUGUAAGUUGAUGCUCCUCCAGACAACCUACCGUAUUUAUUCAGCAUUCAUCCAGACUUGCUUGCAAGAAGCAUAUGUGGUGGUUAGACUUUUCCCAAUCUAAUUAAGCAUUCCUCUUGAUUUGUUUAUGUGGGGGUAGUUAUGAGCAUUCUUCCUGAUUUGUUUUGUAGGAUCUUUACACAUAUUUCCAUUUAUCCUUUGUACACCCCACAUUUUUAAAUACAUUUCCUCAUCACUUUCCAUACUGCAAAAUAUCUGGGUUUCUUUUUAAGUGGAUUUGUUGUGCUAGGGCAACAGAGCAUUUAAAUCCACUUUAAUUGUAGAAACCUAACAUCCAAUACACGACUGAACCCUUCCCACAAUAAAGUGUCAGUCUGAAGACACCAUCGGUUAGCUUGUGGAAUAUUAAGAAUAGCUGGGUAAUCAAAUAAAGUACAUACGGUAGUGCUUUAAUUUAAUUUAAUUUGUGUUUUUGUUUUUAUUUUGUAUUUUUGUAUUUUUAUGUUGGGAACUGCCCUGAGAUCUUUGGAAGAAGUGUUGUAUAGAAAUGUAAUAAAUUAAUGAAAUGAAAGGGAUUAUACCAAACCCGCCACAUGCAUUUAUUUUUCUUUUUAGCCUUCUAGUAAUUUGCAUAGCCGAGGACACUCUAAAAGCCUCCAAGAAUUGUUCUUCUCCCCACAGAUGUCACAUUCACAGAAAUAUGUGUGCAAAGAUAUUUGCUCAAAAUGGACUGGGGUGAGUUACUGCUCUGGACUGAUGGUGAGGUUAAUGAGGUGCUGUGUAUUCCCAAAGCAUGAAUGGUUUAAUAACCUAAGUAAUAGCUUAAUCCUAAGACAUCCAAGGGACGCGGGUGGCACUGUGGGUUAAACCACAGAGCCUAGGGCUUGCCGAUCAGAAGGUCGGCGGUUUAAAUCCCCGUGAUGGGGUGAGCUCCCAUUGCUCAGUCCCUGCUCCUGCCAAACUAGCAGUUCGAAAGCACACCAAAGGGCAAGUAGAUAAAUAGGUACUGCUCCGGCGGGAAGGUAAACGGCGUUUCCGUGCGCCGCUCUGGGUCGCCAGAAGGGGCUUAGUCAUGCUCGCCACAUGACCCAGAAGCUGUCCGCAAACAAAACGCCAGCUCCCUUGGCCAAUAAAGCGAGAUGAGUGCCACAACCCCAGAGUCGGUCACGACUGGACCUAAUGGUCAGGGGUCCCUUUACCUUUAAGACAUGCAAAAAAAAAGCCUUGUUGUCAUACACUGAUACAAAUAUAUGUUUAAAGGAAGAUGAAAACAAAGGAGAACCAAUAACUUUCCUGCUUUUUAAAUAGAAGUACUAAUAAUUAGUAGGAACUCUGGUUUCAGCAUGAGUAUCAUUAAUCCCAGGGAAGCUAUGAAUCACUGUUAGAAAAUAUAUUUCUUCCCAUUUAUGUGAACAGAACCGUCACUAUAGUUCAGUCGCUAGAGCAUGAGACUCCUAAUGGGUUUGAGCCCAAUGUAGGACAAAAAGAUUCCUGCAUAGCAGGGAGUUGGACUAGCAGACCCUCCAAAUGUCCCAAUUUCCCAGGGACACCCCUGAUUUAGAGAAGCCAUCCCGAUUUCUGAUUUGAUCCUGGAAUGUCCCACUUUUCCUAGGAUGUCCCUGUUUUCACUGGAGAAAUGUUGGAGGGUAUGGAGUUAUCAAACCCCCAAAUUGUCUGAAGGCAAACUUGUAUAGGGAAGGUUUUUGGUUUUUUUAAUGUUUAGUGUUUUAUUAUGUUUUUAUAUAUGUUGGAAGCUGCCUAGGGUGGCUGGGCAACCCAGUAAGAUGUGUGGGGUAUAAACAGUAAAAUUAUCAUUAUGGAAUGGGACGUCCCUAUUUUCAUCGGAUAAAUGUUGGAGGGUGUAGACUAGUUGGCCCUUGUGGUCCCUUCCAACUCUACAAGUCUAUGAUACUACAAGUAAAAUUUCACAUGAUGUAUAUAUUCAUCAGCAAUGUUCUCGUGUGGACCCUUGGGGCAUUAAAAAGAAACUUUUGUAGGGUCAAAACAUUCUUGAAAGAUUCACAAAUUUUGGCCCAUUUACAUCUCUCUGGCCACAUCUGUACUGCACGUUUAAAGCAGUAUCAUACCUCUUCAAGCAGCCAUGUCUUUCCCAAAAGGGUUCUAGGAAGUGUAAUUUGUUAAGGGUACUGAGAGUUUCAGGAGACCCCAACUCCUUACAGAGUUACAAUUCCCCAAGUACCUUGGGAAUAGGCAUUGAUUGUUAAACUACACUAGAAGUUAGCUCUGUAAGGGGAAGAGCGGUCAUUGAAAGUAAUACCUCACCAUCAGUAAAUUCCCUCAUUUACCAUUUUUAUAUUAUAUUAUUAAAUUACUUCUAGAAACAAAAAUGUCAUUGGCAUGUACCGUAUAUGAAAAUAACUGAAGAAACAGACAUGCAAGUGAGGAAACACUUAAAGGUAGGUGUCAGGGGUUCAGGAGCAGAGGCAAGGGCAAGGGAGGAAACAGAGAGAGAGGGGGAGGAGGCAGAAGGAAAGAUGAGUGAUGACGACGACCCGAGAUCUCCGAGUCUUUCCAGUGAAUCAGAAGAUUCACAGAAAGGAGCACCAGUGGCCAGGGCAAGGGGGGAGCCUAGGGGGACACCCCAGGAAGAUAGAGCCAGAGGGGACUCAGAGGGGAGCAGUUGGAAAUCGGGACCAGCGUCACCGCCAGAGAGCAGGGAAGAGGAAGGGCGCCAGGGAUCAAGCGCUGGCAACUCACAGCAGGGGGGAGGGCACGAGUCAGGGUGGCCACACCUCCAUCGGGGAGCGAAGAAACGGUCAGACGGAAGGUGGAAGGUUGGGCGCGCGCGCCAAGUUCAAAUGCACAGGAAGGUGGCGCAGUAGGCAGCCCGGAAGGGAGCCAGGUCCUAAAGCCCGCCGAAAGGAGGGAGAAGAGUCAGGGGGUCAGCGUCAGAGUAAUCCCGGAAGGAAGAGCCCCCGGGGAGCAGCGGGACCCAGAGAAGAACAGUCAGGCGGAAAAGGUGGAGCAGGGCUAGGAUAUUAAGUUGGUGUACAGGGGCGGAGACUCAGACGGAGCUUCGCCGAUCUAACCAUGAGACGUAGAGUUGCACGCAGCAGCUUGAGAAUGGAAACUGUAACUCAAUAAAGACUUUUGUUUAAUGAUCGCUGGCUAGCGUGAUCCUCUGUGAGCUAGGAUCUGGAAGCAGCUCUGACAGUAGGUAAUUACUUGCCUUUAAAUUUUUUGAAAGGGGUGGAAAACAAAAUGUUUCUAACAUUUGCUUUGUUUGUCACUAGCACUGCACGUCUUUCCAUUUUGUGAAAAACUUGAGACACACAUCAGAGGAUAAAAGUCAAUCACAUGUGAGAAACCCAGAGAUGUUUAUUCUAAGGGUAAGACACAAAUCACCAGAUGAUGAUAAUGAUACGGGUAAGGAUUUUGUUAUUUAUAUGCCGCCCAUCUGACUGGGUUGCCCCAGUCAGUCUGGUCUGCUCCCAACAAAAUAUUAAAAACACAAUAAAACUUCCCUGAACAGGGAAGAUGCUGUUUAGGCAUCUUCUACAAGUCAAAUAGUUCUUUGACAUCUGAUGGGAGGGCGUUCCUGUGCCGUGUCAGGAGACACUGCGGGGACCAGCACAGCCUGGUGUGAGGUUGUGCUGGCCUGUGCAGCAUCCCCAACACUGCGUAGGUUGUUGCAGCCUUCCGCUAGGAUGUUUCUAUAAUUAUAUUAUUCUGCAGUGCCAGGUGAUUCCAAAAACAGAUAAUGUAUUGGUCUCUCCUUUCCCUAUGCAUUGCUGUCCAUGUAUGAUCAAGAUCCUUGCAGAGGACAAUGUUGUUGGCCUACAGCUCUCAUCAUCCAUGGUCAUUAUUCAUGCUGGCUGGGGCGGAUGGGAGUUGGAAUCAAACAUCUGGAGGGCUUCAUGUUUGCUAACCCUGGUGUAAUGUGAAGCAUUUCAAAUUUAGGUAGUUUAAAAAUCAACAAAGCAUGAUUUAAGCCUCCUUUUCCAAUCUUGCAUCUCUUAUAUGUACUACUACUGCAGAAGUCAAUGGGCAUUUUGUGUGUAUAUGAGAUAAAGAGAAAUGCAUGCUCAACAGUAUAUAUGCAAUUAAAAUGGCAGUUUAUAAAGGCUAUCUAACUAAUUGUGGGCUUGUUCAUUUAUUUGUUUUUAGCCGGAGGCAAACAUAAAUCAGAUGAAAUGCCACUAUUCAAGUUUUAGUGUUUGUUCAAAUGAGUCACCGGAUGGGGAUAAAACUACUGAAUUGAUUGAAAAAGUUGUAAUUUCUAGACGCAAAGAAACAGAAACCCAGAAAUCGAUGUAUACAAACAAAUGGCUCCUCCAAAGGCAAACAAGUGAAGAAACCCACCAUUCAGAAAACACCAAGACAACUGAUGAAAAGAAAAUUAACAGAAGGAUAAUGGAUUUAUCAAGAAGUGUGUUAUCGGGUUCUCUAAUGUUAUCAGAUGUAAAUAGCUCAGAAGAUAAAGCAGACAGAGCUGCUGUCUGUGGAUCCUCAUCAUCCAGUCUACCUCACCUGAAAACCCAGACUGAAAAAGUAAAAACCUUUCGUGCUCAUUUGCUUCAAGACCAGGGAAUAAUUAAUGAAACCAGAUGCUAUCCAUGCAAGUCUUCAGAUGGCGAUACAAACAGAGCUGCCAUUAGAGGACAAAUCAAUUCUCCAUGUUUAUCCAAAAGGAAAAUCUUCAUGAUCUAUAUCUGUGGAGGCUAUCAAGGUACAACCAAGAGCACCAGAAUUUUGUGUUAAAAAUCUUAAGAUUAACAGAUUUAUUGUGGUAUAAGCUGGUGUUUUGGGGUGGAUAGGUAAAUUGUCACUUUCCUCACCUACUAUCUCCUCAGUGUUUUCAUUCCUUUUCCAGCCAUGCUGGUAACUAUUUCUGGAGUGCUCUUGAACUAUACUUUUUUUGUUUGUUUGUUUCAUACCUCAGAUUUGCACAAAACCAGAAAACAACACAAGCAAAUCACAUUAUAGAAAAUUUUAAUGUAAUUUGCUUGUGCAGUUUUCUGCUUUUUUCCCCUUCAAAUGUAAGUGAUCAAAAUAACAAAAAAAUACACCAGAUAUUGCAUAGCUAGUUAAUCUGAAAAGUGUGUGCUGAGAAUUUACAAUUGCCUGUGAAAUAAAUUAUGCUCCUAAAAGUCAUGAUAACUAGUGGUGCUAGAGUCCAGAACCUGGUCCCCUUUCCAUUCAAAUAAGCACCUUAUUUUUACAUUGCAGUGAGCCUAUAAAUCAUAUACUGAAAGUCUGCCAGUUGCUUGUAUAUCUCCACGGGCUCUAAAAAUGUUGCUUUUAAUCAACAAAUUGGUUUAGGUAAUAUGCUUGCUUUAUUAUCUUAAUCAGAUUCAGAAGUAGAACGAAAUGCAUUAAUGGAAAAGUCCUUUCCUUGGCUGUACAAAUACUGUAAAGAGAGAGGCUACGACUUCCGGAUGGUGGACCUGAGGUGGGGGAUAAAAGAUGGCAUCACUAACAAUCACAACAUGGCUUCCCUCCAUAUGAAGACAUUAAGGAAAUGCCAGCAGUUGGGAUUCCAAACCUUUGUUGUAAGUUCAGAUGGAAUUUGCAAUACGUUAAGCACACAGAGAGUUUUUUAAAUGCCAUUUCAGGGCCUGGUUUUUCCAUUUCGUAAGUCAUUGGAUGGAAGAGAGAGGGAAGUCUAUAUCAAAACAAAAAUGGAUAUAUCUGGACAGGGACGUAUAAGGGGUGUGUGGGGUGCAGUUCACCCUGGGUGUUAUCCCUGAGGGGGUGACAAAAUGGCACACAGCGGGGGGCAGCACUUAUCGCAGGGCCUGGCCUGCAGCGCACCCAAGCCACACGUCUCUCCUGGGAGUAUGGGGCUUGCGUCUGCCAGGCAGACUCCGUGGACAGCUUGCCCCGCCCCCACUGCUCCGGGUGCCAGAGCAGCUAGCUACACCCCUGUACCUGGAUCACCCCUAGUGGCAGUCAGUUCAUUAGGCUACUGUUCUGCUGCCUCAGUUCAUUAGGUUAUUCUUAUGCACUACAGUCAUACCUCGGGUAGCUUCGGGAUGAAUAUUUUCGGGUUGCGCUCCGCGGCGACCCAGAAGUAAUAGAGUGCGUUACUUCUGGGUUUCGCCGCUCGCGUAUGCGCAGACGCUCGCUUCAGGAUGCGAAUGGGGCUCUGGAACGGAUCCCGUUCGCAUCCAGAGGUACCACUGUAUAUCUUUGCAGCACAUUUGAAGCAUGUUUUUACCCUCAGAGAAUUCUGGGCACUGUCAUUUUUUGGGUAUUCUAACUCUAUAAGGGAUAACAGAUGUGCUUUGAAUGUGUGUAUGCAGCCUCAGUAUGGAAUGCCACUGGCUUCACAAAACAUUAAAUGCACCAAGGCUUUAUUGGUUCCAUUGUAAGCCAAUUUUCUCUUCUUUGGUUUUCUGUUUCAGGUUUUUAUUGGGCAAAAGCAUGACGACCCCUCUCUCCCAGCAGUAAUAGCCAAGGAAGAUUUAGAGGCGAUCAAAGCCACAAUUGAACAAAUGAAGCUGAGUACCAAAAAGUCAAAGCAUACUUUGUCUAGUGGUUUGAGGGAAGAAACUCUAGUAGAUAAAAAGAAUGAAAUCCAAGGUGAUAUUAGUCAAUAUGCCCUGAGCCCUAGUGUCUCAACAGAAGAACCUGAAGCUGAGACAAACAGCAAGAAGGAAUAUGAAAUGAUUAAUUCAAAUGGGCAGGAGUUUUCUAAUGCUUCUCUCCUCACCCAAAAGACUGUAGCUGAAUAUGAGAGAGAACUUCAACUUCUGGAUUGCUGGUACAGGUUGGAUGAAAAUUACAUCCCUGCAGUUUACAGACUUCAACCUAUUUGGUUAGUUACUGUCAUUAUUGUUGUUAUUGUUAAAUUACAGAAGCUUGGCAAAAACCCACAGGUGUUGGGACAACUGUUGUGUACUUUUCCUGGCAUUUGGUGUCCAUUUUGCUCUGUUUGUAAACAAAUUCCCUUUCUAGUACUGCAUCAGAGGUCAUUUACUUCAAUUGGCUAUUGCUGGCCAGCAAAAGGAGUUUAACAUGAAAAAGCAAACCAAUGUGGAAACCCCCUCACAGUUGCUGGUGCUUUGUUUGUGUGCAGGUCUGAAUGUUUGAGUCUAGUAUAAAGAUGCCCCCCUGUGGGGGAAAAAAUGAAUGUCAUUGCUCAGCCCAGCUGCCAUGGGUGGGCAGAGCGGGAGGUGGAGACAAUCUGAACAGCAGACUACGAGAAUGAAUGGGAAAGAACUGGUUUUCAGGGGCCUGUCCUGGAGUAAAAUCCGAGGCAAAAAUUUGUGGGAACUCCCAGCACGAGACCAAAUUGAAAAUGGAACUAGGUCUGGAUUUAACGGAAAGUAUGGAUGAGCCUUUAUUGAGCUCUAGUCCAUGAACAAGCAUGUGUUGGCUAUGUCUACUGCAGUUUGGUUUGAGAUUGAAAUGAACCCAAACAGUUCCUCGUGCAAAUACGUAUUCUCAUCACUUACUUCCAUGAAUAUUACAUCCAGAGACAGUUGUUCUAUGCCAGAAAUAUCUGCUGUUUCAUCUGCUAAAAGCCAGUACUUGAAUCAUAGGAGGGAAUCAUGGAGGGACAGAGACAUCUUUUCUUAAUUGGGUUGGCUUUUUCUCAGCCAGAACUUGCUGGAACUCAGUUCCAUCACCUCUUAGGUGGGUGCCAUUGCCAUUAUAAGAGAACAAAGGAGGUGCUCAUGGUAAGUUCCAGCACCUCUUUUUCUAGAAAAAUCGCAUUGUUUUCCCCCAUUUGUUUUUGGAAGCUUAUGGAGACCAUAAUAUAUGGCUAAAAUGAGGUAAAAAUAGGUAUUGGAUUGUGUGUUUAUUUGAGGAUUCUCCUAACUUUCUUCCCAUAAAAUGGAGACACUGUCCUGUGCUAUGAAUCACUAUGCUCUGUGUAUCAUGGGCAUUUGUGUAUCGUUGAUCUGUUGACUUGUGCUCCCAUCUUCCUUUCAACCAUCCAAAAUUCACUUGCGAAUGGAACAUGUCUGUGGGGCUACUCUUCAGCAUUUCACGGCGCUGGCGAAUUGUACAUUUUGAAGAUGUACAUUUGUACAUCCAGUGCAAGGGCAAUUGUAUAUUUCUUUGUUUUUAGCCUGUUUCUCACAGUUCAUGCAUUUCAUGUUGUCUGCACAGCACAGUGUACCAAGAUAUCCUCAGCAAUGAUCCUACUCGCAGGCAACAAGCAAAGAACAAAUGGAUGGCGUCUUUUCAGAAACUGCAUAAGAUAUUUCAAGAAUAUGCUGCAGUUGCUCUUGGACAAGAAGCUGCCACCACACUGCUCAGAACAGGUGAGGAAGGUAUCCAAUAUAUGACCAGGAUAUUGUUUUGCUUUAUUAUAUGGGUGGUGGCUUAUUUGAGUAGUUUAAAUAGAAUCAUUUCUAUUUGCAAGUUUUGCAACAAGAAGUGGAUCAAGGAUUCCAGGUCCAGGGAAAGUGUGAGGAUCACUGUCACUGCUUCAGAAGAGACAUCACAGAUCUGCAGUCCAGUCUGUCAAGUCCCCAUGCACCAAAAUAUAUUGACGUUCACCCACUAAGACCAGAGAUCAACAAAACAACGUAUGAAGCACAUCAGAACUUUGUGAAAAGCAUUCACUCUAGGGUAGGUUGCUCAGAACAUCAUUGGUAGUCGUCAGCCACAUAGGGCCUGGGCUACCUAUAGAAGCAUCUCAAUGGAUAUUCUGGUUGAAAAUAUCUCAAUAUGCCCUGAUGACAUAUCAUGGGAUAUGAGAUUUGUACCACAUCAUCCUCUUUAACAAGGGUGGAAAGCCCUUUCCAGUGCAAGGGCAAUAUUCCCUUCUAGGGACAUAGGCCAGUGGUGGGUGGGACCAGGGCGACAGAUGUAAAUUUUACCAUUGUACAGUAGGCAAAUUUCUACACACAUCUCUCUCUAUCCUCCAUCCAGACAUACAAGAGGAACCACCAGAGUGCAAAGGCACAUUCCAGCCAGGCAAAACAAUUGGGGGUGGGGGGGGUGCAGUAGAGCCAGUAAGUGUGGCCUGGGGAAAUUUCUUAGGGCCAGAUCAAUAAGCCUGGAGGGCUGUAUUUGGCCCCCGAGCCUGAGAUUACCCACCCUGCUCUAUAACAUAGCAAAGGGAAUCCUGGGGUCUCUAUCUUGAACUGUGCAGUGCAGUGGCUUCGGGCAAAAUGUAUUGAACAUCACUUAAGAAAUAUUUUUUCUUAAGCUGUCCACAAUAUCCAUGAGGAAAUGAAGAAAACAUUUCCCACUCUGUCUACCACUGCAUUCUACAUAAUGAUUUGCAAGUGUAUACUCUGCCUGAUUUCAGUAAACCAAUUCAGACUUUUUUCAGAAACAAUUUCUAAGUGCUAUUAUAUACAUUUUCACCACCUCACUCUGCCCCCCCCCCGACACUUUUGGCCUUGAUUUUAAUUUAUUUUAAUCCUGUUAUCUGAAUUUGUAAUCUUUCUCAGUUAUCCCACAAUAUGCACUUUUUAAAUCUUUGUUCCUCUUCCUAUCUUUAUUGCCACCUCUGCUUAUCAUUAGUCACUGACUUUCUUAAGCCAUGCUCUAGACCUGAAAAUGGUGGAAGCAAAGUAGAGCCUUUAAUGAGCAGGUAAAACCUGACAAAAUAAAUAUCAUCGCUUCAUCUUUUACAUAUAAACCUACACUCUAACCCCAAACACACUAGAGGGAACCAAAUAGGAAGCACCAUUUUCAUUUAUUUGCAUUUCUCAGCAUGAGCGUCAAACUAUGCUAAUGACAGAAAUAGCUUACUAUUUUCAAAGGAAAGGUCUUCACUGAUUUCUUUCCCAGCAUGUCUCUGUGCAAUCUCAGACCAGAACAUGGCACUGUUACAACAUAAUAAAGCUUGAAAGAAACAUCUUCAUUUGCUAGGCUGAAAUAAACUAUAGUCAAUGAAACGUGUAUUAUUAUUUUGCAUUCAAUUUAUCCUUAAAGAAAUAGCAUCAGCUAGAUCUGUGUUACUCAAAAUCUCAUACUGCAUUCUAAACACUGGAUGGCCAUGUUCCUAAUGAAACGGUACUGUUUAAAUGAAACUUAAUUCCUAUAAAAUACGCCUGGGGUCAUAACCUAACAUACCCUCCAACAUUUCUCCAAUGAAAAUAAGGAUGUCCCAUUCCAUAAUGAUAAUUUUACUAUUUAUACCCCACACAUCUUACUGGGUUGCCCCAGCCACUCUAGGCAGCUUCCAACAUAUAUAAAAACAUAAUAAAACAUGAAACAUUAAAAAAAAAAUUCCCCGUACAGGAUUGCUUUCAGACGGCUCGGGGGUCAGAUAAUUCCAUACCCUCCACCAUAUCUCCAAUGAAAAUAGGGACAUCCUAAGGAAAUGUGGGACAUUCUGGGAUCAAAUCAGAAACCAAGACAGCUUCUCUAAAUCAGGGACUUCCCUGGAAAAUAGGGUCACUUGGAGGGUCUGAACUAUAAGUAUGAAGAACUUACACUACAAAAGGAUUAAGCAGGUUUGAGUUGAUCUUAAAGGUAAAGGUAAAGGGACCCCUGAUCAUUAGGUCCAGUCAUGGCCGACUCUGGGGUUGCGGCGUUCAUCUCGCUUUAUUGGCCGAGGGAGCCGGCGUAUAGCUUCCGGGUCAUGUGGCCAGCAUGACUAAGCUGCUUCUGGCGAACCAGAGCAGCACACGGAAACGCCGUUUACCUUCCCGCAGGAGCGGUACCUAUUUAUCUACUUGCACUUUGACGUGCUUUCGAACUGCUAGGUUGGCAGGAGCAGGGACCGAGCAACAGGAGCUCACCCCGUUGCGGGGAUUCGAACUGCCAAUCUUCUGAUCGGCAAGUCCUAGGCUCCGUGAUUUAAACCACAGCGCCACCCGCGUCCCAUAAGUUGAUCUUACUCUGGCACAAAGACUCAGUUUAACAUUCAAAACUUCUCUGAUUCAAACAGUUAUCCUCUUCAGUAUUGUUCAGUCAGCUGUUUGCUUGCUUGGGUGGUUGAUGAUGCCAACAUUAUAGGCUUGUCUUUACAGCUUCGUCACACAAAUAUCUACAGAAAGAGCAUUAACUGGGGAAGAGAUGGCAUCAGCCCCACCACCAACAGAUCCCAUGCUUACUACCUUGAGUGCCUUUGCAAUGAUUUUCAGAAAAUUGUCAUCAAUCACUUCAACAGGUCAGCCACAUAACUGCUUCUUUGGUGAAACAGUUCAUAAUGUAUAUAUAACUUAAUAGUAAAGGUUCGUUCCAUUAUACUUCAAUAUAGAAGUAGUUUUCCCAUGGCACCUUAAAUAAUCAAAGCCUAAAAAAUAUGACAGUUGAAAAUUUCUGAUGUAUUGUUUGCUCUGUUUCACUUCCUCACAUUAAUUACGGAAGUAAUUACCACAAGAGGAAGAGAUGGACAGUAACUUAGGUGGCUUCAAAGAGGAUUUGACAGAUUCAUGAGGAUAGGUCUGUAUGGCUAUUAGACAUUAUAGCUAAGAAUAGAACUUCAUUUUCGGAGAUAAUAUACCUGGGAGGACCUGUAGUUACAGGGGGUAACUCUCUCCAUCAUACAUUGCUUAUAACUUACCAAAAUUGUCUGAUUGGUCUCUAGUAGAGGCAGGAUGUGCAUGAUUUAAGAAAGCCAAAAACACAGAAAACACACACACAAAAAACCAACCCUCUUGUACUUUCACAUAUUUUGUGGAGCAAAUAAAGAAAUAUAGUAUGGUUUGGCUUCCUUGUCAAAAAACAGUGCAGACAGACCUUCCCUAAGAAUUGCUACCCAUGCAGGCACAAUGCUAUGAGGGUCAGUGGAAAUGGUUAGGGAGCAGGAUCCAGUGGUCCAAAAUUGCAUUUUAGACUUCAGGUGAAGUCUUUCCAAAAUGCCAUUUCUAGCAAGUGGGCAUAAGGGCUUGAAGAUGGGUACCCAGUGGCACCUAAUACUAUGUGAAGUGUGUGUGUGUCUAAAUCAGGAGGAGGUAAUGGUAAUUCUUGGCACUGCUGAGAAAAUAAAGCUGUUUUAGUCACUUGUGAUGGUGCUAAAAAGCCAUACGAUUUUUUAAUAUUGUGAUUAAUAGCAUUAAUAAAAUGAUUCAAAUAUGAGCACUUAUAGAUCCUAUGCUGUGUGGUCGCUAAUAAGGUAUACUCCAGAGGCUGGGGAUUAUAAAUGCCAUCAGUCCUAACUAGUUGCACCCAAGGACUGGAGGACAUCACAUUGGCUAACCCUUGCCAUGUGGUUGCCAACAAUCAUAUGAGAAUGUUGACACCACAAACACAUUUUGUGCAUGUCUUUACAAGGAUAGUCUUUUCCCUUGUUUGUCACUUCUGAAUGCUGGAAAUUGUGAUUAAAUAAUCACCAGCAUUCUUCCGUGUAUAUUCUCAUAUUUGGACAUUCAUAAAAGGAACUAGGUUUUUCCACAUCCUCACAUGGUUGUCAACAACUACAUGUGUGGUGGCAUCUAGCUGGGAUAUGAAUGGAAGAAAAUAAAUAACACUGUCCAAAAGUCACUGUAACCUAUACACAAUGUUGAAAUGUGGAUUAAAACUUUUCCCUUCCAUGUUUUCAUUUGACCAGAACAAUCCAUUUGAAGAAUAUUCAAGAAAUGCUACCUAAGCGAAGAAAGCAAGUUUUUGAAACUCAUAAUGACGACGAGGUUCUGGAACAUAUCCAGCACUGUCAGGCCUUGUGAGUUUGGUGAUGUUUGGUUGCUUAAUUUACUUUAGCCAGGCUUCAUGAUGGAGAACAGUUGAAGAGUUGAUAUGAUAGUUGUGAUUUAAGAACAAUCUUAUUAGCAGCCUCUGUUGAAGUGAAAAUCUGACCUACCCAUUCAUUUGAGCAGCAUUCUAGUCAUUCAACAAGAGCAUAUAUGAAGGAAAAUUAAAUGAUACCAAUUCCUACUCACAUCCACACCCCUGCCUCUUACCAGAACAUAGACAUGUUUGAGAAAUAAAAUUUGUACUCUUGUAAAUCACUUCUUCUCUGCUACCAACAUGCCACCAAAGUGCUUUCUGGACGUUAGAUGAUACCUAAUAUAAGGUUUUCCAGUGCCCUUGAAGGGCCGGCUCAUUAGGCAAGGUGAGACAAUCCACUCUGGGGAAGGUGGAUUUAAAAGUACCAUUAAUGGACAGCAUAUUAUCAAAUAUUCAGUUCUACUAUUGAAAUUUUACCAUCAUAAAAGGCACCAUUUGGAUUUUCUUCAAUCAUCAUCGUCAUCAUCAAAUAAUUUAUUUAUAUGCCGCCCAUCUGACUAGGUUGCCCCAGCCACUCUGAGUGGCUUCCAGCUAAUUAAAACAUUAAACACAGUAAAAUAUCAAACAUUUAAAACUUCCCUAUCUGCGGAAGCAUUCAUAUGUCUUUUAAAAGUCAGAUAAUUGUUUAUUUCCUUGGCAUCUGAUGGGAAGGCAUUCCAAAGGGCAGGCACAGCUGCCAAGAAGCCCCUCUGCCUGGUUCCUUGUAACCUCACUUCUCUCAAUGAGUGAACCUCCAGAAGGCCCUCAGAGCUGGAUCUCAGUGUCUGGGCUGAACGGUGGGGUGGAGAUACUCCUUAAGGUAUACAGGACCAAAGCCGUGGCUCCAAAAGGUCUCGGCCAUCACUUGGUCCCCUAUCCCUAGAAUGGCACUACUCCACAACACAGCAAUCUCAGUGGUGGCAACUAGCCUAACACCAGUCUGGCAUGAUACCCAAAAUAUAGCAUCAUGUUGGCCCCUGGAUCCUCAUUGUCUGGGGCUUUGUUCCAUCCUUGCGAAAGGAGUUAUAGAACCAGUCUAUAAAACUUUACAUUAGCUGUGGUGGCUGCCUAUUCACAGGUUCAUUUCAGCUCCUGGAAAUCAUGGUUGUCAGUUGGCCUGUGUCAGCCUCUUGUCACCUAUGGCAAGCCAGUGUUGCACACACUUGGGUAGCGCACACUGAAUUCAUCUUAGAUUUCUUUUUCACCACACUAUUGCAGAUCUCUCUUUAUGAGUAUUUGUAUAUUGUCUGGAAACAUGCAGGCUAAGCAUAGGAGGAGCCAAAUAGUUAAAACACUGCAGCAAAAUCUACUGCCCCACAUUACAUAUCUACAGGGGCAGCCAGCCAGCAGCAGCACGUGUGUUAGGGCAGAGUUACUCUCCUGACAUUGCUGUCGUUGCUACAUAACUACCAGGCUGGGUUGGGACAGGCAGCAGGGAGAUCAGGUCUGCAUGGGUACACCUGUGGGGUUGGCAGCAGUUCAGCUCUCCUGCUGGUGCAUCCCUGUGGCCCUGAACUCAGUCCCAUCCUGCCCCAUCCCUGUCCAGGUAAACUGUUGUGGCUUUGGUGUCAGUAGGAGGUACUAAGCCCCACCACAUGCAUCACUAUCCAAGCCAGCAUCCCAAAGUACGGCAAGAGCUUACUGCUCAGCUCUUGUCUUUCUUGAGAAACCUGUUCACUCACUUCCUUAUUCAUUCAGCUGGGACAUGUAGGGAAGGAAAAGGCACUGAUAACGAAGGAGAGAGUUGUCAAACAUGUUAUCAAGUAAUCAUACCAUCCUUUGUGAACAGCAGGAUGGAUCUAUCUGGAUUGACUAAAUCUAGAUUGAAAGUAGCAUGUUGUGGAAGAGCAUGAAUGAUUCUAGAUUGAGAAAAACUACAUUUAUUUAUUUUUUUGCUACAAAUGGUAACCCUAAUUCACUUUCUGCCCCUUGUUGGAGGAAUAAAAAUAAGUCGUCCUCCAAGCAUCUCCUAGGAGUGCUGGGCCACUUACCUGUAGCUCUCAGAUACGUUUAUAUAGGAUUUUAGGCUGCAUACACACCACACAUUUAAAGCACACCCAAAGCACAUUCCCCUGCCCAUUCACACCUGAGAAUCAUAUUAAAUGUACCGUAUUUUUCGCUCUAUAAGACACACAUAUUCCCCUCCAAAAAUUAAGGGGAAAUGUGUGUGCAUCCUAUGGAGCGAAUGCAGGCUCCUUGGCUUCAGUGAUAGCAACACAAAGCCUCAGAAGCGCAGCAGGAGUGCUCCCGCCGCGCUCCGGAGGCUUCGGGUUGCCUUCACUGAAGCCUGGAGAGCGAGAGGGGUCGGUGCGCACCGACCCUUCUCACUCUCCAGGCUUCCAAGAUAGCCGCCUGAAGCCUCCGGAGUGCAGCAGGAGCUCCCGCCGCGCUCUGGAGGCUUCGGGUUGCCUUCACUGAAGGCAAAGGCAAUGUCGGAGAGGGAGAGCUGCGUAGCGCCCCUUCAGCGAAGUGGGAGGAGAAAUGGAAGGGGCUCCGUUUCUCCUGCCGCUUCGCUGAAGGGGCGCUGUGCAGAGAGGGGGAGAUUAUUUUUUUCUUGUUCUCCCCCUCUAAAACAAGGUGUGUCCUACGGUCGGGUGCAUCCUAGAGAGCGAAAAAUACAGUAGUUUACCCCUCCCAGAGCUACAAUUCCCAGCUUCCUCAAGAAACUGCAGCUCCCAGGAUUCUUUGUGAGGGGAUUUGAGCUUUAAAUGUGUUUUAAAGGUAUGGUGUGUGCACAGCAUCAGUCUUAGCCAGUACACAGUGGUGACUAAACACAAAUAGUGUUUUGUUUUCCCUCUCAAAACAGGGUUAAAUGUGUAAUAGGAAGAGAAAUGUUUUUGUGCAAACUGAAGAAUCGUGUUGCAUCCUCGAACAGAAAGCUAGUUGUAAUUUGUGGAGAGGAUGGAUGCGGGAAAACUGCCAUCAUAGCAAAAGCCGCUUCUUUGGCUCCUAGCUGGAUAUCUGGGUAAGGGCCUCUCGCAACCUCGCACAUAUUUGGAACAUAGAUAAAAGUUAUUGAAUAAAGACAAUAGAGAUAAACCCAGUGUCACCCAUACCAAGCUCCCAACUGCUGCUUACUAGCUACCAUAUUUGCUCCCUUUGAUUUGUCUUAGCUGGUAUCACAGAGUGCUGUGAAUUCUGUGAAAUGUAAAAUUAUUCCAUAUUGAUAACAAUAUAUAAACUAAAUUAAUACCUUUAUAUACCUUUAAAUACCUUUAUAUUUGCAUAUUUUACUCUGAGCCCAACAUUCACUGUUCACAAUGUUAAGUCUACCUUCAACUAGAUGAUAUAGUAACAGCACGCAUACAUUGAUUUAACAACUAAACACAUGUACAGUGAUACCUCUAGAUACGAACAGGAGCCGUUCUGGAGCCCCGUUCACAUCUAGAAGCAAACGUAACUAGCAACGGCAUGUCUGCGCAUGUGCACGUCGCUUUUCGCCGCUUCUACGCAUGCGCGUGACGUCAUUUUGAGCGCAUGCACAUGCGCAAGCGGCGAAACCCAGAAGUAACGCACUCCGUUACUUCCAGGUUGCCGCGGAGCGCAACUCAAACACGCUCAACUCGAAGCGUAUUCAACACGAGGUAUGACUAUAUUAAAAAUAAAACAUUUUCAUGAGCAAGUUGAAAAGCUAUUUUAUUUUAUUUGCUUUUUUCCCCAUUUUCAUUCAGGAACCUCAGAGUUGUAAUUCGAUUUAUUGGUGUUAGUGGUGAAAGCAGAAAUAUCCGACUGACUCUCUUCAGCCUUUGCUACCAGAUAGCUUCUAUCUACAAGGUCUCGGUUAAUUUAUCCAAGGUAAUGAAUUAAAUUUUCCUUCUUUUUAAGGCUCAAAGAAAAAAUUAUACUGUUGCAUUUUUACAGCAGCAGCACCUACAUGCACACACUUUCCCCUCCACAUGAUUCAGCAAGAAAUAAAAGUUAGGAGUGGAAGAUGACAAAAUAGCUCAAGCAUAAUGUCGACAGUGCUGCUCAGAUAAUGAAAGGUCAGAAACCAAGAAACACUUUUCAGCAAAUGACCAGUGCUAUUACAGCUGACAGUGCUCAUAAUCAGUUCAACAUGGGGAAUCAAAGCGGUUCCUGAGGCACAUCUCCAUCACUGCGUCAUCAAACACUGUAAUGUGUUGCAUGUCUACAGCCAACUCAUGUCAGAGAACAUCUCCAAAGUUAAGACAGAUUUCCCACAAUUUCUAUUGCCAGCACCUUUUUAAUAUUCUGCAAGCCAUUAGGAAUCCCUUGGUAUCCAUUAUUUUUGCUGAGCUGACAUUUCGUUUCCGCUCUUUACUCAAUCAUAGUCUUUAAUAAUAAUAAUCAUUCUUACCUAGGAAUGAAUAGAUUGGUUUAUUUCCACGCCAUAUCAGUUUCUUAUGUGUUCAUUCGUAAGUCUGUUUUGUCACAUUUCCACAUCAACCUGUGAAUUUUAUUAAAUGCAUGAAAAUUCAAAUUGUUUUCACAAAUAUAUUUUCACAAAUAUACCCUAAAAUACACAUUUUUAUAUAUAGCUUUUAGCUGAAAACAGUGUUUCAAAAAUUUGAAGAUGUACUUGAUUUGGAUAUAGCAGCAAAAAUGAAUAAGGACUAUGAACUUUUGUGGAAACAUAUCACAGGGCUCUCUGGGACACGUAAUUUUGAAGCAUCUUUUCCUCUACGAAGAACUUCUGCAACAUUUAUUGAAGAAAAAGGUUUAUCUGGAAAAGGUAACAACCUUCUGGGAUAUUUCAGCUAAAGGAUACCAAUGAAUGCAAAUUACGUUGAUUAGCUGAAAAACGUUGAACAGAAUUUUCAGGCAUCUCUGUUCUUGUGACCCAACACAGUAUCCAUAGCUACUUGGGACUGGCUAAAAUGUUUGCUAUCUUUCUCAAAAAGGAUUUUGAAGGAUUGGUGGAAGAGUUUCUCUCUUUACUGGAGUUUGCCACACAAGACAAACCACUUCUAAUAUGUCUGGAUGGCAUAGAUGAAUUAUCAGAGGAACAUGCUGCAGAUUUUCCUUGGAUACCUCCUGAAUUACCAAAGAAUGUGUAUUUUAUUGUUUCCACGUGCACCGAAUCAAGUUUUUCAUGCUUCAAAAAACUGGAGGUAAAGCGAUACUUUAUUCAGUUGUUUUUUUUCAUUCCACACUUUCUCAAACUGUGGGAAAUUCCAGGGCAGUUUGGUAGGGUCAGUACUGGACACUUUCAGCACAAUCCUAUCCUUGAAAGAAAAUCCUGUUGAAAUCAAUGGGUCUAAGUCCCACAUAGGUGUGUACAGGAUUGCAACCUUAAGGGCCUUGAUCCAAUCAACCAUGAGAACAAAUGCUCAUGGAUUCCCACAUAGGGCUUAGAACAUUGUGCCCCACCCCGUAUCCUUAGGGGAAAGUGAGAGUCGUGCCCUAAUUUUGCUUUCCUUGAGGAAGUGGAAGAGGUAAGUUGGCUGGGGAUAUGAAACUUGUAACCAGACCUCCCAUUCCAUGUAAUAAUAGACUAGCAUAUUGAGUGCUCAUGGGCUUAGGCCUCAGAGUGGAUCCUGACUCUGUUAUGCGCUAUGCAGACUUUUCUAAAUGUGAGUGUUGCUGUACCCACAGUGACCCAUUGGAUCAAGCACAUGGUGCUUUUGUGGUAUCUGUUUAUUUAAAGCUUGAGUAAUUUUUUUACUGAAUUUAUAUUCUACCUUUCCUCUCAAAGCAGCCCAGGGCAAAUAGGAAGGUAUAGGUAAGAGAGUGCUAGAUUUACAACAACACUCACCCCAAAGCAACAGCAGACCCUGAAGAGACUUUAGCUUGUAAAAGCUUACUUUCUUCGCCCAUAUACAAACUGUUCUGUUUAACUUUCUUGGUGUGUAUACACUUUUUCCUCUAUGGGUUUUUCCACACUGGAGCAAAAUGUAGAUUCGCACUAGCCUGUCUCUACAUUAACAGAGGGGCAUCUACAUGACACUUCCCCUAUCCCAGUGUCAUCCUGUACGUUUUCCCCUUUAAAUGCAGUGUUUUUUCCCCUAUCCUUGGAAAGUCCAAAAAAGACCAGGAUCAAAAAUUCCUUCAUUUAAGGCAGCCAUUUCAUUCUACGUCUAUGCCAGAAUUCCAAGGUCAGUUACGUCUGUGUUUUGUACCCCAGCCCUUUCCUGAUACCAGAUGUGAGUCAAGAAAGGUAAGACACAGGAGAGUGUCAGAUUUUGCUCCAGUCUCUCUUUGAUCUGUCUAGUCUAAAAAGUAAAGAGAACAUGCCACCUAUCUUUUAAAGUCAAACGGCCACAAAGGUGUCUAGUAUUAACCCUGAGUCUUGAUUCAAAACUUGAAGAUCCAAACUGUGGAAUCCUGGCAGAGAUUUAUAGGUAUAGUUAUCUGCCCCACAAAUCUGGUUAUUGGAUGAAGAAGUGCAGAAAUCCAGUGAUAUUAAAUCCUUUUUUGGUUCUUAUAUUUUACGGUAAAUAGGCUGUCUUGUAUUAGGCUGGCAAAGUGACGCCAACUCAAUUGGCAUUGAGGGCUGGAGACAAUGUGAUCAGGGGCAGACUUUGGUCUUUCAAAUUACAGCGGCACCCUGUGCGAGGCCAAAAUUUGCUCCUCCCCCAUCUUUUGCCUACCGUUUUGCGCAUGCACUACAUCAUAGUUUCAAUGCUGCAAGUGCCCUAAAUCUGCCUCUGAUCUGAUAACUGAGAUAUGCUUCUUUUCUCCAGAAAAUAACAGCGAAAGAGAAUAUUUUACAAAUACCUCCUUUGACAUUUGGAGAAAUCAGUGAGAUGAUCAGCUCCUGGUUAGAAAAGGAUUGCCAAAGACUUUCCCAGCAACAGCAUGAUCACCUAAUGGAAGCAUGCACAGCUUGCCCAGUACCACUUUAUGUAUACUGUGCCUAUAAGGAGUCUUGUUUAUGGACAUCUUUCACCCCAGAGGCAGAGGUGUGUCUUCCUCAAAAUAUACCUGAUCUGUAUUCAUGGACACUGAGCAGAAUGGAAAAAUCCCACGGAGAACAAGUUGUAAAAAAGAUGGCAGCUUAUACCACCCUUUCAAGAAAUGGCAUUACUCAGGAAGAGCUGCUCCACCUUAUGUCAACGGAUGAUGUGGUUAUUAAGGAAGUAGCUAAAUUCCAAAAAGUCUCAAUUUCAGCAUUCCCGCUAGUGCUGUGGUUGAAACUUUUGGAUGAUUUUGGAGACCACCUGAAAGAGCAAAGAACUGACCACACUUAUGUUUUUAAUUGGGCUCAUACAUCUCUGAGACAUGUCUGCAUGGACAGGUAUCUCAGAACACAGGAUUCCCAGGCAUCACUGCAUGCCACCUUUGCAGAUUAUUACCUGAACAGAAUUCCACAUAAACUCAUUGAAAUGUCUGCAUUUCAACCUUUGGCCUGGACUUUAGAAAAAGAGUCCAAGAUCAGCUACACCUUUAACGUUCGUAAGCUCCUUGGGGCUCCGUAUCACCUCAUCAAAUCUAAGAAUAUUACUGCCUUAAUCAAAGAAUGUCUCUUUAAUUAUGAGUUUCUCUUAUACAAAGCCUGGGCUUCAUCAGUUAUCAGCAUUGAAGCGGAUCUAAGAGCGGCUAUCGAUGCAGACAGGUAGGCUUACAGCAGUAGAACACAACUGUGAAUGUCUAGGGCUUGUUUUACUUAAUCACAAACCCUCAUACUUACAGCCUGUCAUCAACUAAUCUGGUAUGAUAGUAGGGCCUGCCCAAGAGAUUUGGCUGCCUCAGGUGAAAGACAAAAUGGUGCACUCCAUUUUUCUAUGUGGUGGCCAUUGACUCUUAGGCCUCAUCAGCACUAUACAUUUAGAGCAGUUUGAUACCAUUUUUAACAGUGGACCCAGCUAUACAGCUGCAAAUAAAACACUUUAAAUGUGUUGUAAAAUGCAAUAUACAAAUGUGACACUAGAUGGCAACAGUGAGCUAUGCCAAAUUCAAUGUAUUUUUCAAAACUUUUUUAAAAAGGGAUUAUCACAGGCUUUUUAAAAAUAUGUGUGUAGAUUCUACCAGUCACAGCUUAUCCCAAAGAAUUCUGGUAACUAAAAAGAAUUCUGAGAACUACAGUUUGUUAAGAGUGCUGAGAGUUGUUAAGAGACCCUUCUUCCCCUCACAAAACUAUAAUUUUCUGGAUGGUUUACAGCCAAUCCCUCUUCCCAUUGAACUCUGGGAACUGUAACUUUGACAGGAAAAUAGGGGUCUCCUAACAACUCUCAGCACUUUAAAAACUAGUUCUCAGUAUUCUUUGAGUGAAGUCAGGACUGCUUAAAAGUGAUAUGAUCCUGCUUUCAACGUGUUGUGCAGAUGGGGCCUUACUUUAACACAGGUAAAUUGAUCUUCAUCCCACCUAAGGGCAGCAGGCUAGCUGAAAGGUGGGCACAUAUUGCUCUAUCUUCCAAACCACUUCCAUUGUUUAUAGCACUGUUCAGCAAUCCAUUUUGUUUAACAAUCAAAGCUACAUUCAAAUAAAGAUUCUAGUUACAUGCUAAUCAAGUUAUUAUGAGUUUAGUUUCCAUCCUGCCCCUCAGCUGGCCUUUCAUUUCUUAACAAUAAAUAGUUGAGUCCCACAAUGUUUCACUGUGAAAACCACUUCUCUGUAAAAACCCCUCUAGUGUUUUAUUGAUAUUAGAGCAAGGAAACUCAAAUGUGAUGUGAUUCCUGCCCCCUUGCCUCCUCCACAGGACUAUACGUGACUUAACUUUAUUAAGUGAAGCGCUCAAGUUAUCCAAGAAAGUUUUACUACAAGACCCAUGUCAGAUGGCUUCACAGCUUAUAGGCCGCCUUCAUCGUAUCGUUGCGGCAGAUAAACCAGUGGCCCCAGGUACUGAAAAUUAUGAGAUUUAGAUUUUUAAGCAAUUAUUUUGCGUUUUCUAUAUUUUUGAUAUUUUGUUUUGAGCUCCAACCAUUAUUUGUCACUACUGGGACUUAAGCAUCCAAGACAGAACCCAGGGCCAGCUCAGCCAUUUGGCAGAGUGAGGCCACUGCCUCAGGCAGUGGAAACCCCUAAAGUGGUGCCUCUGCAAACGUCCCACCGUCUCUGCCACUGGAGCCAAAUUUGCACUAGAAUCUUUCGGGGCACAUGAGAUCUCACCCAAAAUCAUCGCUGAUUUCAUGGGCCACUCCUCCACAGGACAGGGUGGCACUUCCUGUUUUGCCUCAAGCGGCGAAAUGGGACGCAAUGGCCCUGACAGAACUAAACUAUACUUACAUGUUUCCCGGAGGAUUAGUCAUGACCAGAGGUAGAAAGGAAUACUGGAGGCAAAUGUAAGAAUGUAAUUGAGGGCUGGGGACCCUUUUCAGUCUAAGGACUGCAUUCCCUUCUAAGCAAUGGGGCCAGAGGCAAAAGUGGGCAGAACAACAAAUGUAAAUUUAACCUUUGUAGCCUAGUUUCUACACACACACACACACACACACUCCUCUCUGUACUCCAUCCAGGGAAGACUGACUCAUUUUCAGAGUUCAAGGACACAUUCCAGUAAGGCAAAAAACAUUAGAGGUGUGAAACACACACAGUGAGGAUUGCGGCCUGAGGAGACUUCUGAGAGUCAGAGAGAAAGAGACCCGGAUGGCCCCCUUUUCAGCCCCUUGGCCUGAGGUUCUCCACCCGUAGGGAUGGAAACAUGCAUUUUAAAACAUUUGAAAUAAUGCAGAAUUCAGGGUAAAAAAACAGGGUUUUAAAAAAAUCCCAUGUCAUAUUUAUUACAGUUUUAAAACCAGCUCGUUGAAUGACUAACAUAUAUUAUUUUGUGUUGGUUCAGGUGAUCCCAAAAAAUAUCCCUAUCUGCCAGCUCUUUUGUCCCAGUGUCAGAAAUCUUCUAUUCCUGUUCUUCUACCUUCAACAGCCUGCCUUAUAGAACCUGGUAGACUUCUCUGCGACCUUCUGAGAGGUAAGGGAGAAUAAUAUUAACCUUUUAGAAACCUUUUAAUGGCGAAUCAGUGCUGAAGUUAUGAGCCCUCUAAGCCCUUUGCAAGAUUUUGCUAAAGACCGGAAGUUACGAAGUUUCUAGCAACUUUUGCUUGAUCUCUAUUCCCUAUGUAUAUCAUUUUAGCGUUGCAUCUAUAAUUCUUACCAUUCAGUCCCUUCCGCACCACUAGAAAAGCAAUCAGACCUUUCUUUAUGGUUUGGAUAGAGAGAGAAAAUUAUCACAUUGUUUCUUAUAACUUGUGUUUUGGCCGCUCUGCCUGUUUGCUGACAUUUUGCUGCCUGAGGCAAAAUACAAGAUGGUGCCCAUCCCCAUUUAGAAAGUGACUAGCAGCUGAAUCUCAUGCCAGUGCUGGCAAUGGGACAACAUUGUCCACCACCCCUGAGGACAGCAUGCAGGCAUAGAGGACACAGGGCACACACAGGCACGCACACACAAUCCAAAACCUUCCUGCUGCUCCCUGCCUUGCAGUAUCUGUUGCCUGAGCCUCACUUUUCCUGAUGAGCAGACUGCCCCUGGUCAUUGGCACUUAGUCUUCUUAAAAAUAUUUUUGCUAACAUGGCAAGCUUUGUGACUGGGCCAGAAGCAAUACAGCUAUAUCUACAUUUGUGUGGAGAGGGAGGGGAAGUUCCAGUGUGUGCAGCCUAAAGUCCUUGCACUGACAUAACAAAUGUGUUGAAUCCUGCCUACAAUCUCUACUGAGACACUUAAGCAUUUCUGAAAGCAGAGCAAACUCCUAAUACACACUUGGGGGCGGGGCUGAAAACAUUGCUGUUACAGUGGUACCUCGGGUUACAUACGCUUCAGGUUACAUAAGCUUCAGGUUACAGACUCCGCUAACCCAGAAAUAGUGCUUCAGGUUAAGAAGAGAAAUCGGGCUCUGGUGGCGCGGCGGCAGUGGGAGGCCCCAUUUGCUAAAGUGGUGCUUCAGGUUAAGAACAGUUUCAGGUUAAGAACGGACCUCUGGAACAAAUUAAGUACUUAACCCGAGGUACCACUGUAUUAUGUUUCAUAAUAUUGUACUCAGGUGGCAUGAGACAUAUUCUGGGCUAAGUGAUGAUGGGCUUGAUAAUGGGUAGGGUGGUCAUGUGUCCUAUUCUACAGAGAGAAGUCCUCUAUUUGAAGGUGUCCUCCAUUUCAAGGUCUGUCCAGUCCAAGACAGAUUUAAAAAUAAAGAGCUAAAAAAGGGAAAACAGAGCCCUUGAAAUUGCCCAUCAACAGUUAUGACCUGGACUGUAGGCAAGCAAGCAUGAUGAUCAGCCUAGCUCAGUCUUCCCCAGCCGCCACCAUCAUGGUGAUAUGUACUAACAUUUAAAUUAUUAUGGUAAUUAUUCCUAAAUAUAGUUUAUGUCCUCUUUUUAAUUAUUAUGUUGUUUUAAUGGGUUUCUUUAUUGUAUUAACUGGAUGUUUAUUUUAAUGGUUUGAUGAAAUUGUUUUAGUGUGUAUUUUAAUUAUCAUGGAAUCAUAGAAUUAUAGAGUUGGAAGAGAUCUCAAGGGUCAUCUAGCCCAACCCCCUGAAAUGCAGGAAUCUCAACUAAAGCAUGCAUGACAUUUUGACACCAUUUUGACAAGUAAGUGGUAUAAAUUAAUAAAUGUUGAUGAACAGUUACCCAUUUAUCUGAGUUUCGGAAGAAGCUAAACAAUUCUAACUGAUUUUACAGAAGCUGCUUUCCCCCAGAGUGAAUUCUAACAUUUUACUCCCAUGGAUCCAUAGGUCACCUGGACAGAAUUGUAGCAAUUGGAGAAACCCAAGAAGAACUCACUGUUGCAACAGUCUCCAGUGAUGGCACUCUGAAAUUGUGGGAUUUGAGGGUUGGCAAAGCUGUCUUCACUCUGCAUGGAGUUGGGAAUAAUAUCAGUGCAUUUGCAGUGUGUCUGGAGAACAGACUGGUGGCUAUGUCUGACAAAAGCACCAUUAAAAUCUGGGAUCUUUCCCUGGAAAAAGUGGUAUAUGCAACUGGCGAGUUUGUUGGUACUCCAAUACUAACAUCUGCAAUGAAUGGGCACCUCUUACUGGUGUUUUUUAAUGGCAGCCACAUGGUUAAGGUGAGGUGUUGUUUUUAAAAAAUCACAUCUAUGACAGUGGAUAAAAUUAUGUUCUGUGCACUGACAUGGUUGGUCAUGUUUUGCUAGAUUUUUGUGCUGUUAUUUCAUUGGUAUUGUAUUGAAUUUAAGUCUUUAAGUUGUCUGGAACUGUUAGUCACCCUGUGAAUCUUGGUUAUGGGGAAACUAUAAAUGUAACUGAUAAUAAAACAAACAAGACUUAAGGAUUACUAACCUUUGAAUCAGAUCUUAUGUAGAUCAGCAGACAUUAACAGAUAUUUUGAUACUGAUGCUGGGAUCAGAAGAAAGAGAUACAGGACUCAAGCCUUUAUUUGUAUUCCAAGUGGCCUUACAUAACCACUUUUUACAGUUACUUUUCUUGGCGAUUUUACAAUUUGGACAGUACUGAGAGCAGGAAAGGCAUGCAGCAUGGCUUUACAUAGAUACAAAGUGGUCAGCAGCCAUCUCAAACCAAUUCAUUUCCAUACUAUAUUAUAUUUCAGGUUUUUGAUCUUGCUCAUUCCUGUCAGUUGCUCCAUGAGGUAUACCUUUCUACAGAGGAAGAGCCUAUCUGCAAGACUAAUUCCAUUUUGGUAUCCAAAAAUUCAGUAAAAGAUUAUGUUCUGUGUGCCUUUAGGUUAGUAGAAUGUAAUUUAUUGUAUUAAAAUAAACAGUAAACUCCUCUCUAUAGAAAGACCCUAUGCAUUUGAGAAAUCUUUCAUAAAGAAAAGCCUUGCAGAUCAACUACAAAACUGUUUAGUCACUACUUUAAUGUAUUCUAUAUGGGUGGAACUAAACAUCGCACAAAUACAAUAAUUCAGGCAACAAAGACAUUUCUGUUUGCUAAAUGGAACAACCUCCCCUCUCCUUCUUCACACACUGUUCAGCGGAUUCUCCAAACUCUCCAGAGUGGAUUUGGGAAAGGCAUGGGGGGAAUUUAGGAGAAGAAAGCAUUGCGCUAUCCAAAGUCCUUGCACUGGCUUCUGCUAGUGCACUAGCUUGGUGGAAUACAACCCUACGCUCUCCAACACAAUAUUCUCGCUAUUUCUCCCCAUCAGUACCACAAUGCCUUCAUGCAAUCUUUCCACCUGGAACCCCUCACAUCUAGUUUUGGACAACAACUCCUAUCAUUCCUGACCAUUGGACAUGCUGACGGAGUUUGUGGCCUAAACAGCUGCCUUAAUGUUUCAGUCUCAAACUACAUGUCUCCCUCCACAUUCCUAAUUACUUAACAGGGGAAUGUAGUUUUGGAAAUGGUCUGAAACAGGGGCUAAAGAGAAAUUAACCUAAGUCCCCAGAAGUUGGGGCAAGAACAUUCACAAGUUGGUGCAUCUUCCUAUGCAAUUAAGCUAUACAAUUUCUCACAGGCAUCUGGUUGGCCACUGGGAAAACAGGAUGUUGGACUAGGUAGGCCAUUGGCCUGAUCCAGCAAGCUCUUUUAAUGAUCUUAUGCUUUGCCAUAGAUAUGUGGCUAUUACAAGGAAGAUCUCUGUUGUAGGGAAAUAUUUUCCUGUGAAUACAUUAGUAGAGAAACUGGGUUGUAGCUGACAAAGUCAUCCCUUUUGUGCAAAGUAAUCCCUUUUGUGGUGAAACUGCCCCCCUCCCCACUUCAUCCUCCCAAAUCCAGAGGGUUGCAGAACAGGGAUUGGGGGGAGGGGGCAAAUGGUGCAGGGGAGGGGAAGUUGCAUUCACAAGGGGGAGAUCUUGCAUGAAUGGAACACCCAUUGGAUAAACCCACUGGUUUUAGGCCCAGUCAGACUUGAGAAAGAUAAACAUGUAUGUCUUUAGAAAAUUAAUGUUUCCUGGGUUUAAUAAUUUCUGAAAAGGAGAACAGCAGCAUGCCUCAGAAACUAGGGUUUUAUUUGUAUCUUUUCUUCUUGGUGGAUUUGGAUGUAAAAUCAGCAUUGCUUCUUUUAGAGAUUCGCAUGGUCAUUAUUGUAAACAAAAUGUGACUUUGAGGAUGAUCAUUGCCUGUGUGGUCUUGAUUCUGUAACAUUGUGGCUUCCGUAAAUCUCUCUCCUCUCUUUUGCAGGAGUGGAAGUGAAGCCAUGGUCUUUAGUGGCAAAAAGGGGAAAGUAGUUGCUAAGCUGAAAAGCCAAGAACCAGUGGCAGCUGCUGAGGAUGUUGCUGUAACUAAGGAAUACUUCCUAGUGAUCUUCAGGUAGUACGUGGAAAGAACAACUUUUUCUACCCUCUUUCAACUGACUAUCAGUUGACCAUUCCAGUAAUAUGGUAUAAAAUCACUCACACCCACACAUCAAAACUUUAUAUGUCUACACAGGUAAGCCCUGUUGAAUUAAAUGGGAUUUGCUCCCAAAUGAGUAUAGGAUUUCAGCCUCAGGAUGAAGAAAGCAGGGGCAAUUGACCAAAAAAAGUGAUAGGGUUAGGGUGGCCUCACCCUGUCUAAUUUCUUUUGUGAACCUAUGAUGCCUCUCCUUUUAAAAUAUUUACGUUUGAUUAUAUGAUCAGAAGGUUGGCGGUUCGAAUCCCCACAACGGGGUGAGCUCCCAUUGCUCGGUCCCUGCUCCUGCCAACCUAGCAGUUCGAAAGCACAUCAAAGUGCAAGUAGAUAAAUAGGUACCGCUCCGGCAGGAAGGUAAACGGUGUUUCCGUGCGCUGCUCUGGUUCACCAGAAGCAGCUUAGUCAUGCUGGCCACAUGACCUGGAAGCUGUACGCCGGCUCCCUUGGCCAAUAAAGCGAGAUGAGCGCCGCAACCCCAGAGUCGGCCACGACUGGACCUAAUGGUCAGGGGUUGCCUUUACCCCCCCCCCUUAUACCUGAGAUGAAUGUGAAUAUCACAGAGUUCUUUCUUAACUUAAUCUUGCAAAGCCUUGAAUAUAUAUCUAUUUAUAACUUCAGGAGGCUUAUUAGGACAAAGCUUGAAAACCUCUGUUUGAAACCUGCCACAUUGCAGCCUCUUUUUUAUUAGUACUACCACUACUAAUUCUCACUUCUAAUUUAUAACAUUGAAGAUAUAGUUUAUUGACCCUUUGGAGUAGGUAACUAUUGGUUCUAUUUUACAUGAAGUGAGAGAAGUAAGUACCAUAAUUUGCUUAAUGCCAUCCUGGAUUCUCUGUUUAUCAUAGAUACAUUAACAUACUUUUCACACCACUACUGUCCUUGAGCAUAAGUUUUCCUUCACUCUUCAUUCAUUACUGCUUUUUAGAGAGCCAGAAAUCACAAUACUUAUGUCACACAACCCACCCAUAUUAGCUUUUUCAUUACAGGUGUCCCUUCAUGAAACAGCGUGAGAUUGUGCAUAUAGAGCUCUACAACGUCCACACUUUUGCCUAUGCUCACAAUCUGAAGGGAUGCUGCAAUGAUUAUAUUCACAUUUUUGCUGUGAAUCAUUUGGGCUCUCACCUGCUGGCCUUCAGCCCCAUCCCAAACACCAAUACCACUGAAAUAGUGUCGUGGAACCUGGAAUCUGAAGACCACAAGCACUUGGUGAAGUUUCCUUCAGUCCCAGCCGGUGGUGAGUAACUUCUAUGGGAAGUUCAAAACCUCUAUAGAAAAAGCCGCAAGAGAAACAUGCACUUUUGUACAAUCAAAACAAGGGAAAAAUAUAAAAUUAUAAGAAUUCUCAGUGAGGACAUUCACCAGCACAUAACUCCAAAUAAGGUUAUCAGGAAUUCUAAAUACAGAGUGUAUCUGUAUAUUGAAGGCAGUAUAUAUGCCACGAGUGGGGAACCUACAGCAUGUGGCUCAGUGAAAAAGCUGUGAGUUUCAUAGGUGUAGACAACCCAUGUUUUUCUAGUAACAUGAUUAGAGUUUUAUUAUGCAAUGUUGAGAUUUUAUGACUUAUGGUUCUUUUAAAUUAUGAUAAAUAUGUAGGUGUAUGCUCUGACCUUCGGUACUGUUUAACAUUCUGUGAUGGAGACAAUUAUCUUCAAUCUUGGAAUUUAGCUUCCAAGAUCAAUGACCAGUCAUUGACAGUCACUGCAAGUAAAGCCAAGGAAACAAAUGGUAUUCGUGAUAUUCUAACAAUGGAGAACUAUCCUAGGUAAGAAAGACCCACGACUCUCCUAAAAAUGUGUUAGUUACUGUUUUAAAUAUUGUACUUGACAAACAUCAUUUUUUAAAAUUCUGGCUAUGUACUUUUCAAAAGUAGGUUUUGAAAGUAGCCAGUUUUUCAAAAGUAGUCAGGAAAAUGCAGAGAUUUAAAUGAAAAAGACAGAGUUGUUGUGUUUCAGUGAUAGCCGACAUCUAAGGUACUUGAUCCCUGAACAGCUUCCAAAAUAUGUGCAUUACUAUAGGCAGGGCUGUUGUAUGCUAAAAAGUGGCUGCGGGGGGGGGGGGGGACACAACGACGUGGGGAAAUUCUGUGUGAAAUUAAUUCCAGUUCUCCAUCAAGAAAAGCAAAACAAAGAGAAUCUGUAUAUAUUGGUUUCUUUUGCACUGCUGACCAAGCGCAGAGAAAAGUACCAUGGAGGAUAUGAAAAUUCUUUUCUCUAGGGACACCCUUCUUUUCAUUUCUUUCCCAUUAUUCCUAUCCACACUCUUUACCAGCGCAGAAAUAACAACAUUUGCACAACCUUUGCUGUAUAUCAAUAACAAGGCUAUUCAUUUCAAUAUUUCCCAAGGUAUGCCAUGUGCAGAAACACAAGUCCAGGGGUCAUAACAGUGUGGAACAUCAUGAAAUCAAAGUGUAAACACAAUGCUGUGAGAGUGGAGAGGGGAUUACUAGAGAAUACGGAUAUAGUUCUGGUCAGAGACAUGAAACUUUAUGUCCUUACAGACAAAGGGAUGGCCUCUUUUGCAGAUCCUCCGAGACCCAUUUUCCAGGUAUUGAAGGCACCUCUGUCCUGUAAAUACUGGUUGUUUGUUUUUUUGUGAUUGGCAUUUAAAGCUGAGGCUGUUCAGAAAGAACCUUGUAAGAAAAAGCUGAGACAGUUAAGAAAAUGAUUUGCACAUAUAUUUCCUUACCGAAAAAUGUUUUUAUGCCAUUCCAGACUCUUUUAGUUUAUGACCUCCUGAAAAAGAAGUACAUAAGGAAGCAGACUGGCCUUUACAUCAUUCCCUGCCCAAAUAACGAGUAUAAGAUCCUUGAAGGAGGCCUUCUACUUGGACUUUCAGAGAACAGGUAAUGUCUUUACAGCUACUGAAGAUAAUAUGGGUGUUUUCUUUUUGCCACAUUGAACGGAAUAGUCACCAUCAGCUAUUAAUAUCAGUAUGACAUGAAUUGACUAGACCAGUGGUUCCCAAUUAGCUAAUUACUGAGGACCCCCUAUUUUUCAAAAGCCAAGCCACGGACUCCCUGCUUUUUAAAAAUUUUAUAAUUACCUCUGAAAAGCAAUUUUUUUGAACAAAAUAAGCCCCAAAUAAGUAAACAAUUUUAGGUAUACGAAAACAACAGACUACGGUGGAGCGAUAUCUAGUCUUCAAAAUCAUGAUAUUUCAGCAGCUAAACAAGGGGAUAUUCCGAUAUAUCACGAUGUCUGAAAUUGGAAAUCAGGCAGGUGGGGUGCAUGCAGAUCAGGCAUGGGCAUGAAGGAAGGAGCAGCUGUGGAGAUCGGAUGGUUGGGGGGAGGAGAGGAAGCAGAGUCACCUCCACUGCAUGGUUUGAGUGGGAUGGGAUGGGGAUGGGAGGUACAUCAAGCUGCUGUCAUUGGGGCAGCUAGCGGUGGCAGCCAGCGAAAAUGCAGUCCACUGUGGCUGCUGCUGCUGCUUUCCUGCUGACUGAGAAAAGGUGCUUUGCCUCAGUGCCAGGGGAAGGUAGUGCCACAGUCCCUUGAAGUGAGGGUGAUCAGCUGCCGUUCCCCAUCAGCGUGAGGAAAAGGCAGUGCCUUGUAAUCAGCUGCCCUGGUCUCCUUCAAAGUGAGGAAAGGCAGCUCAAAUCAGCAGCAUUAUCAGCUGAGACCAUUGUGCAAUAUAAGCAGUGCCUUGAAAUCAGCUGCCCUUAAUUGGGAACCACUGGACAAGGCUGUCUCGUAAGUUUCCAAACUCAACCAAGUCAUGCUUAUAGCAACACACUGAGAUUAAAAAGCGAAAGAUUCCAGGAGGUUCCAGGGUUAUUUUUCUGUUGGGAAAAUCAAGGCACAGUGGAGGCUAGUAUCUUUAAGAAAUAUGGUUUAUUUUACACAUAUUUAUACCUAAAGUCUUCAAUGGAGAGGAUGCAGAACAGUAUACCCCAAGAGUAUACUCACUGGCUGGCUCAUAGCUUCAGCAAGCUUGGGUCCAAAGCAGCUGUCAGUCAUGGCUCCUGCUCAGAUAAAGGGGGAAACAUACAGUAGCUUUUUGCAUUGCCAAUGGCCCUUAAUGGCCCAAUACCUGGCUCCCCAUUGUUUAUCAAUGGCUCUGCACUUAGGGCCAGGAAGAUUUGCAUAAACUCACCCAGGAUUUUUUUGUCUGGCACAAUUCUGCAGCUUGUAUUCUCCCUUCAUAUCCCAAAUAUUAUCUAUAAAUUUCUACCAUUCACUAGCAGACUCUACCCUAGAUCUAUGACAGUAUGGAACCAGGAAGGGGUAGAAUGUCCUGCUCAUGUAUAGAGUGAAGUCUGAAUUGCUUCAUUUCUGAAGCCUAGCGCUCUGAGUCUGACCAAACUGCGGGAGGCAGUGGAAGACAGGAGUGCCUGGCGUGCUCUGGUCCAUGGGGUCACGAAGAGUCAGACACGACUAAACAACAACAACAAAAGCGCUCUUUACAAGCUUCCGACAUGAGAUGGAUGGGCAGAGAGUGAGCUUAGCAGCACAUACAUAGUAAAAGGUGGUUUGUCUGUCUUUGAUUCUCACACACACACACCCUUUAUCUCCUGAAUUGCUCUGUUACUGAAUCAGAGAUUUUACUCAAUUUUGUGCCCAUCUUACAUCAACUGGUCACCUUGAAGUUCUAGAAAGUUAUUAUCUGUUUGCUUUUCUGGUUCCUGUUUUCAGAGACCAUUUUAUUACCUGGAACUUGGAAACUGGAUUUAUUAAGGAUCGAUUAAGGCCAGAAUACAAGGACAAAUUUUCAUCGCAAGCUGCAAAGCCUAACCGAUCCUUGUCCAGGGAAAACAUGAAACAAUGCAAAGGAGUCUUGCCUAACAGAACAACAGGUUUCAAACUUUUCGUUCUAAUUCAUUCCCUUUUUCAGUUUACACAAGAUAUUAAAACUUACAGUGCAUAUAUUGUUCAACCACCACCACACCCCAGUUGCCUCAAAAACCUUUUAUCAGAGGUUUUGUUCUCAGUUGUGUUAGAUAAUUAUUUCAGUGAGGCAGGACCAAAAAAACAGCCAGGUUCCAAAUUAUCAAGUUUAGCAUAGCCAAGAGGUGUUUACAUUUGCUGCUCCUCAUUCAGCACCACACAUACAUAUGGCUGCAGAGCAAACUGCUUUUUAUAUUUAUUCAUUUGUUUCUUUGCUUGCUUGCUUGCCUGCCUGCCUGCCUGCCAUUAAGGACCUUUGGCUCAAAAUGAAAAAUUCAGCAGAGCACAGGUCAGCCAUUAGGGGGACCUUGAAGGAGCGUUUUGGAUCAUGGCCUGAUCUUGUAUCACCAAAACACACAAAGUGGCUUACAGCAGUUGAAAUCCACCCACGCAUAUGUUAAAAAUCUCAAUUUUAAAAGUUAUUUGCAACACCAUUGCAUUAUAUAGCAGUGUUACAGCUUCCAUGGGAAAGGCGAAAUGAAACAAUGACUGGAAAGAGACGGAGGAAGGAAAAGGCAGCGAAAAUGGAGACAGAAAUGCUGCAGCAACUUGCUAAUGAAAAGAGCAAUGCCAUUGACCAGUUCCUCCUGAGUGGAGAUGAGAAGGUGAGAGGCAGUGUGUCCUAAGCGCCCUAUGUUUAUCUUCUGCCAAUGUGCUAAUAGUUUGCAUUUAUUUUAGUGCCUUACAAUCCUGUUUUUUCUAACCCAUACCAGAUUGUAAACUUUCUUGAGGAAUGAACUUGUGCCAUUUUAUGGUUUCUCAAAAAUAUAUGAGUUAGAAUUAAGACACUGUGUCCUUUAACCUAGAGAUUGUUUAAUUCCAUCAUAACUUAUGAACUUUAUUCUGUACUUUUUUGUACAUAACUGAAUAUACUAUUAAUCCUACCCAGAGAAGACCCUUGAAAGGAAUGGAUUCAACUAACUUAGGCCCAUUAAUUUCAGUGGAACUGCUCUGAGUAGGACUUAAUUGGAUACAACCCAGGAUUUUUGUUGUUAAUUUUGUUUUGUGAUGUAUACCACCUUUUAGGUGCCUAAAUGAUUGCCUUCACAUUGAUAUUAUAGCUUGAACAAUGCGUGUGUGUAACAUGCACAUACCUUUGAGUGGAUGCAUGGACCUCUCUUGCAUCUCCAAUUAUGCAUGUACAGGAAAUGGCAGUGGAUUAAAUGGAAGAACAAAAAGCAAGCAAACACUGUAGACUUGUUCACCAUCCUGCAAAAUAAUGCCUUUAAGAAGCUUGCACUGCAGCAAGAGUCCACUGUGGAUGGACUCUGGCUGCCUGCAUGCCAUACAUUUAAAGCACUAAGAGUCCAGGGAAUUGUAGCUGCCCCCCCCCCACAAACUAUACUUCAUAAGAUUCGGAGGUGGGGGGGAGGGAUGUGCUUUAAAUGCAUGGCAUGUACAUAGCCCAUAACUCAGUCCUGAAGUAGCUUUGAUACACCCUGGGUCAUCAUAGUCUUCCUGUAGUGAAAUGGAGCACCAGAUAUUUAAGGAGAGAAUUACUUCAAGAGCACUCCUCCACUUAUAAGAAAUGGGAUUCUCCACACGGUGCAGAAGAGGUGCCUUACUGGCAGCAUAUAGUACAGGAGUCGGUAGUUCUGCCAGUCCUUGCAGUAAACAUUUACAGUGGUACCUCUGGUUACAAACUUAAUUCGUUCUGGAGGUCCAUUCUUAACCUGAAACUGUUCUUAACCUGAGGUACCACUUUAGCUAAUGGGGCCUCCCACUGCUGCCGCACCACUGGCACACGAUUUCUGUUUUCAUCCUGAGGUAAAGUUCUUAAUCCGAAGUACUAGUUCCGGGUUAGCGGAGUCUGUAACCCGAAGUGUUUGUAACCCGAGGUACCACUGUAUAGCUCAUCCCUCCAUUCCUCAUAGGCGCAGCUAUCUUAUACCAAAGGCCUUUCAUAAGACUGCUAGCUGCAAGAGAGGAUAGAUGCACCAACAUUUUAUUUCAUGCAAGUAUUUAUGGCCCAAUAUCUAAAAAUUAAUUCACACAUCCCAUUAUCUUCUCUUAGGCUGUUGUGUGUUCCUACUAUGCACAUCACCUGUCAGUGUUCAGCUUGGAAAGCAUGUCCCAUCUCCACACCCUUGAGAGCAGAGAAUCCAUGCUUUUCUUACACAAUGCUGCCUUGACCUAUAACGGCCAUUAUCUGGUGCUCUCCAAUUACAGUGAGAAGGAGAAAGUCAGCUAUGUAACACUAUGGAAUUUAGCCACGGGGAAGGUAUGUUUUCUGAAAUUCUUUUGAGGUGGCAGAGAACCAGCUUUGCAGUUGUGGAGUAUGUCCCCUCUCCCCCCAAAAAGAGGUUAAUGAACAGCCACAGCUUCCUCACAAAUGGUGUGCAAACUAAAGCAAUAUUUGCUUUCCUUACAGCAGUUUAAAAUUAAUGAUAGAAAACAUUCCCAGUUCUAGAAUUUCUGAGCUUGAUGUCCUCUUGGUCUGCCCUCCCUCCUGUCCCAAAGUUAGACCUGCAACUCCUGCUCUCUAUUUACUGGCUCUUCAUUAUAUCUUCACACCUCAUUCUUCCAAAGCUGUAGAGUAGAACACCAUCAGUGUACUGGAACACUACUCCAGCCUGCCACCUAAAGGGAGAAAGGGCAGUGCUACACAUUAGGAAGUGCUAAGUAAGUGUAAGUACAUAACCAACGUAUUUAAAACGGAUUAUCUCUCCCCUAAAAAUGCAGGUUAGGAAAAGACUAAAAAAUGAGCCAAAUGUCUGCUGUACAGCCAUUGCUGCUGAUGCUAGUAGGAUAAUUUUUGGAGUGAUGGUGGAAAACAGGUAAGCAAAAUGCCAAAGUUUAGUAGUCCCCCCCCCCUACAAUUGUCCCCCCCCCUUAAAUCACUCAGUUCUUCUUAAUUGUUUUCUGGAACAGUUUGGCAAGAGUGUCACAGCUUUUGUAUUAGAGACUAGAUAUAUUUAAUUUACAUGCUCAAGAAAGGCUUGACUGUCCAGCAUUCAGCUGCACAGCUGUUAACUAGCUAAACUUCCAGGCAAUCGUUGGCCAGGUUUCAUUACUUGGCAUGACUUUGUGUAAGUUUGGGUAACUAAAUAGUGAGAUGACAUUGUAACACCUGUACAGUGGUACCUCGGUUCUCGAAUGAAAUCUGUUCCCAAAGCCCGUUCAGCUUCCAAAACGUUCGAAAACCGAGGUGCGGCUUCCCAUUGGUUGCAAGAGCUUCUUCCACUCAGCAGAAACCAUGUCAUAUGUUUGGGUUCUGAAAAAUGUUCAAAAACAGAAACAUUUGCUUCCAUGUUUUCGGCAUUCGGGAGCCAAAACGUACAACAUCAGAGGCGUUCUGGAACCAAGCUUCCACUGUCUGGUGCAUUUCCUGGAGCAGAGAUGCUUAGGUCCAAAUACUUUUGUACAAAAAUUUAAAAUGGUGCAAUGAAAGAAGCAAAGAGGGCAUGAAGAAGUGAUCCACAGCUGUAUGUCAUGGAUUGGAAACCUUUAUUCAGGCCAAAGUCCCUCAUCCCUUCUGUAAGGGUUGGAACUACUUUGGGCAGGUACCUUUUAAGUACAGUAGUCUUUAGUGAAAGAAUCUGCAUCUGGACUGUUGAACAUUAUGUUCUACAUAUUAGAAUAUGUUGUCCAGUACGGUGGUACCUUGGGUUACAGAUGCUUCAGGUUACAGAAAUAGUACCUUGGGUUAAGAUCUUUCCUUCAGGAGGAGAACAGAAAUCGUGCGGCGGUGGCACGGCAGCAACGGGAGGCCCCAUUAGCAAAAGUGGUGUCUCAGGUUAAGAACAGUUUCAGGUUAAGAACAGACCUCUGGAACGAAUUAAGUUCUUAACCCGAGGUACCACUGUAUUCCAGAUGUCCCAAUUUACAAACAUCCAAUAUACUGCAGGGCAAGCUGAAGAAAAUGUGAACUCAACACCUUUUUUAAAAAAAACCAACAUUUGCUCACCAUUUACAUAAAAAUAGUUAUUGCCCUGUCUGUCACUCUCAGUACUACAGAACUGAUAUCUCUUUUUUGUGAUUUCUAGGAUAAAGAUCUGGGAUCCGUUUAAGCAUAAGCACAAGCUAAUUCAAGGUUACGAAGGUCUUCAUCUAACUGUGUGCAGCAAACUACACAUAUUAGAUGGAGCAAAGGCUGUUCUGCUUGCAGGUUUGUGACAGAUUUAUUUUGUGGAGGCUGUUGGAGGCAGUAGGGCUAGAAUAUUUUUGUUACAUUAAGCUGGGAAUCAACUCAAUGCAAUUUUCUCCCACGGUUUGCUUUAUUUGCUUACAAUGGUUAGUUUAAACAUUUAAUGGCAAAGCAAAGGUAAAAGACGUCUCUGAAACGGGUACUUUAUAAGUGAAAAAGGGGAAAUCCUUACAAUGUUGGCAUGAUUUUUAACUUUUCAGCCACUCUAACCCUUUGAACAAGGGGGAAAGCAGAAAGAAAUAUUGAUUUCUAUUCUGCAUCCAUAGAUUUAACCAACAUGAAUGGGUUGCUAUUAUGAUUGAUGGAAAAGGAGGGAGAAUGCACAAUGCUGUGCCUUAGCAGGACAUAAUGUGAUGUUAUGCGUAUUUUUUCCCAUUAGGUGAAGUCAGUAUCUGGGAUUUGGAAAGCGGCACUGUUGUAUCAGUCUUUACACCAGACAGCAAAAUCUCCUGCAUGACAGUUGCGUUUGAUAGAAAUACAGUUCUUUUAGGUUUGAGUGACAACCCUACUCUCAUUACUUUGAAAAUGCUGAGCACCAACACCGCUGCAAGUUCAACAGGAAAAGAUUUGUUUGGAGAGGACUCCUCAAGCAGUGAAGAAGAACCUGAAGUUAUUUAAAUGCCAAAAUUUUAACCAAGUAAGAAGCUAGCAUUCACAACUGAAUUUUUUUAAAGAGUAUGUUACAAGAUAUCCAUUGAUUUGAGAGAACUGGUACAAAAUACUUUUUUAGUUUCUGUAAUGUUGGAUCAUCACCCAGAGUAGACCCAAGGAAAUCAAUGUGCUUGUGUUGAUUUUAUUGGGUCUAUUCUAAGCGAGAUGAGUGCCACACCCCAUAGUCACCUUUACCUUUUACCCCAGGGUCCUUUACCUUUUACCUUACUCUGUAAAUUUGUUUAUAAUCUUGCCCAAACAAAAAUACCUACUUUUAGUUUGCUAUUGGCAGAUGUUUCCUGGCCUUCUGCAUCAGUGAGAACUUAUAUUGGUUGCAUUGUCUAAGGAUCCAAGCAGAGAUUAUCAGGGAUAAAACACCCAAGUCACUAGUUAUACAGAGCAGCUUUAUUUAGCCUUGAGCUCCCAAUGUUGCUGGACCAAAACUCCCAUCAUCCCUGACCAUUGGCUAAGCUGGCUAAGGUUUGGUGAGAGUUGCAGCCCAACAAUAUCUGUGGUCUCAAGACCGAUAUAGAAGAUAUUUUGUACCCUAAAUGUCAGAAAAUUUUAACAGAAUACGUAGAAGGAAGGGGUCUCCCUUUUUUUAGGAGCAGCAAAAAGUAAUUGGAAUACAUAUAUACUACACACAUGGUGAAGCUCAUGUGUUUGAUUAGGUUUCAUAAAUGUAGGAAACGGGUUAUCUAUCAACUUUAAGAAUUGUUAUGACAGUGAUAAUGGAUUUCAGCGAUUUUGUAAAAGAUAUAAUCAGAAUGUUUCAAUUGAAAUAUUGAUAUUCUAUUGUGAAAUUUACUGAUAAAUUAAAAUGAUAGCAAACAUUUGGAUGAUACUGGGUAAUGGCUAUUACAUUAUGAAUAUGCAUUUGAUAUCAUACUAAUCUAAAGCUAAAAUAAGCUAGAGUAAUACAUUUGUCUUAGUGCUACUAACAGUGAGGAAUUCUGUUACCUAACUUAGUUGGGUCCAGCUGAUUUUGCUCCAUCUGAAUAUCUCAAAGUAUGGCUUUAAACAGGACUGUGUUUGUUCUC